AUGUCCUCGUCCAGUCGGCCCAAGCCAGCGCGCAAGAGCUCGGGCCAGAAGCACCGCAGCACACUGUCCCUGCAGAGGACGGAGGUGGUCAUCAACGUCUACGAUCUGCUCCCGCCAGGCAAGGUCUCCACCGUGCUGUGGGCUAUAGGCAGCUCUCUCCUGCAUUCAGGCGUCGUCAUCGGCGAUAGAGAAUACGCAUAUGGCGGGCAUGACCGGCGAGGUUUGACCGGCGUGUACUGGACCAAGCCGGCGCAAGAGCCUCCUGGUGGAACCUUCAAGCAGUCCAUACUCCACGGCUUCUCAUUCCGCCCAGCAGAGGAACUGGAUGCAAUCAUACAUCAAGCCUCUGAAGAAUUCCAAGGAACCUCGUACAACCUGCUCACCAAAAACUGCAACCACUUCACGUCUUACCUCUGCGAGAAGCUCACUGGGCGACCGGCGCCAGGGUGGAUCAACCGCGCCGCCAGCAUAGGCGUAGCUCUCCCAUGCGUUGUGCCACGGGAAUGGAUUGCGCCACCGGAUUAUGAUACUGCGGAUGGAGAGCUCCUUGACGAGGACUUUGACGAAAGAACGUCUAUGCUGCGGCACGGCGAGCACCAAGCACGGUAUCGCAGUGCUUCAGAGGAGACGGACCGACAGGAAGCGCGAAUUCCUGGCAGCAGUAGUCGAGGUGAGCAAGGAGGCGCAAGAGGGGAUCAUCGGCAUACGCCCGCAGACCAUGGCGCCCGGCUGGUCCACGUCAAGAAAACCGAUAGCAGUGGCCAUGAGAUACCGGCAGCGGAAAGAGCGCCCCUUGCAAAGAAUUUGAUAUGA